AUGUUGUCUGCUAUUUACCAUGAUGCUAAUGUAACAGAAGAAGCUUGGAAAAAUAAACCUUAUAAAGAAGAAGAAGUCGACUUAACCAUAAACUGCAAUAUUAAUGCUGAGAAAAAGACAACUUGGAAGCAAACUAUAAUAGGAAAAGAUGACAAUCAAUCAUGUUUUUCCAAAAACAGAUGGAAAAUGCAAUCUAUAUUAUCUGCAUUUUCUCCAUUUUCAGGUUUCUCUUUCAGUAAAAUUAAAAUUACAAAACAAAAGACACAACAGAAAGAAAAUCCACUUAAAUAUAUACUUGAAAUUAUAGAACAAGUAAACAAAAAAAUCAAUGAAAUAAAUAACAGUCAAGAGAGUGAAGAAUUUAAUACCUUCACGCUGAUGUUAGAUCCUAAGCGAAUUAUACUUCGACGAUGAUAGAAAAUGCCAUUCAAAAAUAUCAAUUGUUAUAAAACCUAAUAGACUUUACAAUGAAUACAUAUAUCAUUCUUUAUCACUUUUCCAAUUUUCUUAUAUUAAUUGUUAGC